AUGUCGGGCAUCAGUGACCCCGUUCUUACAUCUAUUGGUGAGACCAAGGCUAGAUAUGUACGCCUUGGGAAAAGUGGGUUGUAUGUUUCGGUUCCAAUCUUGGGCGCUAUGUCAUUGGGCCAUAAAGACUGGCAGCCAUGGGUAAUUGAAGAAGAGGAAGCUCUCAUCAUUCUGAGAGCAGCGUACGAUCGCGGUAUCAACACCUGGAAUACUGCAAAUGUGUACAGCAACGGCAUUAGCGAAGAGAUCUUAGGCAAGGCUCUCAGAAAGUUCCAGAUUCCCCGUGAGAGGUUGGUCAUCAUGACUCAGUGCUCUAGCUGGGUUGGUGACUCGCCCAAGUCUCGAGCUUGGUUGUACAGAGAUAAAUGCAGAGACAGUAAGGACUUUGUCAACCAAGGUGGGCUCUCGCGAAAAGCUUUAUUUUCAGCAGUCGAUGCAAGCAUUCGGCGUCUUGGGGUUGAAUAUAUCGAUCUGCUCCAGGUCCAUCGCUUUGACUAUACAACACCAAUUGGAGAGACCAUGGCAGCAUUACAUGAUCUUGUUCAAAGUGGGAAAGUACGGUAUAUUGGAGCCUCCAGUAUGUGGACAUAUCAAUUCGCAACAAUGCAGUACUGCGCCGAGAGCCACGGAUGGACAAAGUUCAUCAGUAUGCAGAACCACUAUAAUUUGCUUUAUCGAGAGGAAGAGCGAGAAAUGAACAAAUUCUGCAACGAGACUGGCGUGGGGCUCAUUCCAUGGGCACCUCUUUGCAGGGGCUACCUAGCACGACCUCUAUCAUCGAAUGAAAUCUCCACGCGUGCUUUGGAGGAACAAAAACUCGGAAGAAUCCUAUCCGUUGGACAUACAGAGACCGAUCAUGCCAUUAUCAAUCGAGUGGAAGAGAUAGCACAGAAGAGAGGGUGGAAGAUGAGUACCGUCGCUCUAGCGUGGAUCAACAAAAGGGUGACGAGCCCGAUUAUUGGGUUUAAUACUAUUGAGAGGAUGGAUGAAGCGCUAUCUUCCAGAGAUCAAGAGCUGACAACAGAAGAAGAAGAGUAUCUUGAGGAGCUGUACGUAAGUAGGGGUAUCCAGGGUCACUUCUAA